GUCUCACACUCACAGCCACUCUGCUGCAGACGGGAGCCGGCUCUGCAGGCUAGAGAUCGAGAGAGGGAGAGAGAGGGAGAGAGAGAGAGAUUCUCUGGGCCCAGACAAAGACAGACAGGCAUCCUGCUAUGGAUUAAGAGGACCUGACAUACAGCUGGAUUGUGGAGUCUUACAGAGAGAGAGAGAAAGAGAGUUGUUUUGUGCAGGAGAGGCGUGUGUUUUGUGUGGGGUGUUGUUUGUGUGUGUUGUGAGACAACGUGUGCUGUGUCUGUAUAUGUGUCUGAGUGUGUCCCGCAUCUGUGUGAGAGUCAGUGUGUGCAUCAGUCCCUGUGUGUGUGUGUUUAUCCUGCACAUACUACCAGGCAUAGAGUGGGAUUCUCUUGCUCGGUGUCCCCCCGUGUGGGCUCUCCUCCUGGGUGUUGCUAGACAUACAACUCCCCCGGGCUGGUUCUAGGUCUGGCCGUAUGACCAGGGAAGGAAAGCCAGUCCAGAGAACCAACAGGACAUCACAGACCAGGCACAGUUUCUUCAGAUGACACCUGGCAUACCUCUACCACCACCACCAUGGAGGUAUCUUACCUAGACAUCAUAUACCUCUACCACCAUCAGCCAGGCUGCAAUACAAAAACGAAGAUACUGAAAAUUCACUCCUGAUCACUUGCCAUUUGCUAGUUUUUUUGUAUGUUCAUACUGCCUUUGUGGCUUGAACCGGGAUUGGGUGUACAUUAACUUGCCUGACAGCUUAACUAUACACAUUGAAAAUAUCCAUUGCAGGAAGAAUGUGGUUGAGAUAUUUUUGGAGAGAAGCGCAGCUCUCCCUAGCAACUCUAUCAGUCUGACUGGUCGGGUUUUUCUCUCCACCCGUUCGGUCCACCCAUCCAUCAGGGAGCGAGAGAACAUUAAUCAAGCUGUUGACGCUAAGAGGAUCAAUAACAUGAGCAGUUAGCUAUGACCCCUGGCUGACCAUGAGCAGUUAGCUACCAUCCCUGGGCCUCCACGGAUCAUUGACAUCACAGGAGGUUGUGAUCAACCAGGAAGAGAAAAGCUGACCUGCAGUUUUCUUGACAUGGCACCAACGUGGAAAAUGACCCAUGGAUUUAGGGUUAGAGCGGAAUCCUCACCUUUCACUUGGAGGAAAAGGAACGUUGUUCCUCCACUCAGAUGAAGCCUCAAAAAGUGUCAAUUUCCUUGGGUGGAUGAGAGGGAUGAAGUGAUUGAGGAAGAGAUAGUGACUGAGAGAGAGAGGUAGAAUUCUCUGGGGGGAAUCCAGCGAUGAGACGUUCACGAUGAAGACCACGGCAAUGUGCCGGAAUGAGUUUGAUGUCCUAGUUGGAAGUCUUCCCAGGAAAAGGAGAGACAGAUGUUCUCCUUUUGUUGUACUAUUGCAGAAUAUCCUUCUAACAGUUAAAGAGAGAGACGGGGGAUUUCCUGACUUGACUGGUUUCUGGUAGACUUUUCUGUGGAGUUUGUUCUUCAGGAGGGUAUUGAAAUAUCCUUACAUGCCUGAGUAUUGACACAUUCGCCUUAACCACUGAACCCUGGACAAAUAUUUACCAUGGUGUUGUGCCACUGGGCACAGACGUCAGUUCAGCGUGUUGUUUUUAUUUACAUUUGGCUGAGUUGUCAAUUAUUCUAAAUUCAACAUGAAAUCAACAAAAAAAUAUCACCAUGUCAAUGGAUUAAGGUUAAAGGUGAAGAAAAGCCCUUACGGUGAUGACUCUCUGCAAAUCCACUUUUCCAUGUUAAUUCAACGUCAUCACAUAUAUUUUUGGGGUUGAAAUAAUGUGGAAACAACGUUGAUUCAGCCAGCUGUUGCCCAGUGGGGUAGUUCUAACCCCCGGCAUAAACCAGUUCGUUCACCAAAUAUAAUUUGGACAAAUGUCACCCUCCCCAGCCAAAUCGAAACUCUGCUUCACAUUGAGAAGCCAUCGAAUUUGACUUUCAAAAACAUGAAAAAGAGGGGAGAGAACCAAAUGGUGAGAGACCAUGUUUGUGGGAUUCUAGUCUUUUAUUUUAACCUGUGAGUGACAAAUACUGUAGCAAAAGGAGCACACACCUUUAGCUUAAAUGAAGGCGGGUCGCUCUCAGGCGGGACGGGAGAAGAAAAUGAUGCACGUGAACAACUUCCCCUUCAGGAGGCAUUCCUGGAUCUGCUUCGAUGUUGACAAUGGCACAUCAUCGGGACGCAGCCCCCUGGACCCCAUGGCCAGUCCAGGGUCAGGGCUCAUCCUGCAGGCCAACUUUGUCCACAGUCAGCGGAGAGAGUCCUUCCUCUACCGCUCGGACUCGGACUACGACCUGUCACCCAAGUCCAUGUCCAGAAACUCCUCCAUCGCCAGCGACAUGAAUAACCACCUGCAGAGGCCAGGCCUGACCUCGCGACGGUCUGAGCCCGUCAUUAGUGGAAACCAUGGCGACGACUUGAUAGUCACACCAUUUGCACAGGUACUGGCUAGUUUGAGAACGGUACGGAAUAACUUUGCUGCACUAACCAACUUGCAACAAGAUAGAGCCUCAAACAAGCGGUCCCCUAUGUGUAACCAACAACCACCCAUCACCAAGUCCUCUUUCUCAGAGGAGGCCUACCAGAAGCUGGCCACAGAGACGCUGGAGGAGCUGGACUGGUGCCUGGACCAGCUGGAGACCCUGCAGACCAGACACUCUGUCAGCGAGAUGGCCUCCACCAAGUUCAAGAGGAUGUUGAACAGGGAGCUGUCUCACCUGUCUGAGAUGAGUCGCUCAGGGAACCAGGUCUCUGAGUUCAUCUCCAGCACCUUCUUAGACAAGCAGCAUGACGUGGAGAUGCCAUGUCCACAGACGCAGAAAGAGAGGACGGACAAGAAGAACGCCAAGCCAAUGUGUCAGAUCAGUGGCGUGAAGAAGCUGCAGCACAGCACUAGCCUCUCCAACUCUAAUAUACCUCGCUUCGGGGUCAAGACCGACACAGAGGACCAACUGGCUACGGAGCUUGAGGACCUCAAUAAAUGGGGCCUUAAUCUUUUUAAAGUCACCGAGCUUUCAGGAAACCGGCCUUUAACAGUCAUGAUGUACACAAUUUUCCAGGAAAGAGAUUUAUUAAAAACAUUCAAAAUACCAUUAGACACCUUUAUAACCUACCUGAUGACUCUAGAAGACCAUUACCACGGCGAUGUAGCCUAUCACAAUAACAUCCAUGCUGCUGAUGUCACCCAGUCCACUCACGUGCUGCUGUCCACGCCUGCUCUCGAGGCUGUGUUCACAGACCUGGAAAUCCUAGCUGCCAUCUUUGCCAGUGCUAUUCACGACGUCGACCACCCUGGGGUUUCCAACCAGUUUCUCAUCAGCACCAACUCGGAGCUGGCCCUCAUGUACAAUGACUCGUCAGUCCUAGAGAACCACCACCUGGCUGUAGGCUUCAAGCUGCUUCAGGAAGAGAACUGUGACAUCUUCCAGAACCUGACCAAGAAACAACGGCAGUCCCUCAGGAAGAUGGUCAUAGACAUGGUACUAGCUACUGACAUGUCCAAGCACAUGAAUCUCCUAGCUGACCUGAAGACCAUGGUGGAGACCAAGAAAGUCACCAGCUCUGGAGUGUUACUACUAGAUAACUACAACGACAGAAUACAGGUCCUCCAGAACAUGGUGCAUUGUGCGGAUCUCAGUAACCCUACCAAGCCCCUGCAGCUGUACCGCCAGUGGACCGACCGCAUUAUGGAAGAGUUCUUCAGCCAGGGGGACAGGGAGAGGGAGAGAGGCAUGGAGAUAAGCCCAAUGUGUGACAAACACAACGCCUCUGUACAGAAGAGCCAGGUGGGGUUCAUCGACUACAUCGUCCACCCUCUGUGGGAGACCUGGGCUGAUUUGGUGCACCCUGACGCUCAGGACAUCCUGGACACUCUGGAGGACAACAGGGAGUGGUACCAGAGCAUCAUCCCCCAGAGCCCCUCGCCCACCCCGGACGAAGCUGACGAUGGCAGCGGACGUCCCCCCGGAGGGGACAAGUUCCAGUUCGAGCUCACCCUGGAAGAGGACGGAGAGUCGGACACGGAGAAAGACAGUGGAAGUCAACCAGAAGAAGACGAGGAGAAUAGUUGUAACUCGAAAACGCUCUGCACGCAGGACUCGGAAUCCACAGAGAUCCCGUUGGACGAGCAGCCGGAAGAGGAGGUGGAGGAGGAGGAGGAGGAGGAGGUGGUAGUGGUAGAGGAGGAGGAGGAGGGUGAAGGGGUACACAGGGAACCAAGUAUGGCGGAGUUGGAGGAGGAGGAUGAGGAGGGAGAGGGGGAAGGGGAGGAGGGCGAGGAGAAGCAAAGAGCGGCCGAUACAUAGCAGCAGUAGAAACUGCGCGGAUUGCCAAAAUGCGAGAGAGAGACUGUUGCGUUACAACGGUGAAUCAAGGGACGAGGUGAAUACUAGUAAUCGCCACAAUGUUGGUGAUGUGGGGUCAUCGAGAGUUCCAAAGCGCACUCCUCAAUCCCAGUCUUCUCCUCACUCCACUCCACCUGGAGGUGAUAUGGGGGCACAGACCCACACCUCCCGCAAGACUCCCUCCCUUGGAGCGCCACACUUUUACACUCAGGAAUAUUUUAGUCGACUUUCUCGCCUCCUUUUUUGUUUACCUUCUGGUUCAUUCGGCCUAUAGGGAGCGAGGUGACGCCUUGAGUUCAAAGGCCAAUCUCCACCUCCCGCCUCUCCUCUAUCUCCUACCACUUCCUGUCAACGCAGGAAGCAAACAGAAAGUGUUCUUUGACUCCAAGACUGAGCACAUGGGCAACACACAAGAUGCUUGGAACAGUCCUAACUGUAGCAUCAUGGGAGGACAGCCAGAUGGGGGAAAGAUGGAUUGCAAGGUGACCCCAGUCCACUAAUACCAUCUGAAAACCAAUGAGGGAUAUUAUAGGGAGAGACGGACAAAGACAUACUUUGCAAGAGGAUUUCAAAGAGACCUUUUUUCUAAAGUUCAAGUCUUCCUUGAAACAAGACUGGUAGAAAACGCUGUUUUUGACCUCUUCAGUUUUUGUAUUGUAGUAAAACUGAAAUCUUUUUGUAGAUAACUUUUGUUAAUGGAGAGAGUGAGAGAGAGAGAGAGAGAGAGAGAGAGAGAGAGAGAGAGAGAGAGAGAGAGAGAGAGAGAGAGAGAGAAAAGAACGGAGGAAGAUGUUCAAUUAAUAUCUUCUUCGUCAUAUAUUGCAUCCAUUGAAACUUGAUUUUUUUUUUAGAAGAUGUAUGUUAUGCCACAACAUAAUGCCUGUGGUCUUUCUGGGAAUGUGUGCUUGUCCUGAGUGCAUGUGACUAAGCUCUCUGCACUCAGUCUGCUUUCUUUUGCUCUCCUUCAUCUUCACACCCAGGUAUUUCAGAUAGGGGCAUCUUAGAUGAACAUGCGUGGUUUUCUGUUCGAGAGUGUUGGGGUUCUAACUUUAAUCUUCACACCCAGGUAUUUCAGAUAGGGGCAUCUUAGAUGAACAUGCGUGGUUUUCUGUUCGAGAGUGUUGGGGUUCUGACUUUAAUCUUCACACCCAGGUAUUUCAGAUAGGGGCAUCUUAGAUGAACAUGCGUGGUUUUCUGUUCGAGAGCGUUGGGGUUCUGACUUUAUUGCAGCUUUAAAUGUACCACCUCUUUUUAUUUUUCAAAGUAGAAAGAAGCCGGUUAACUAAUGACCUUAAGAAAAUAAUAAUGGUAUAUAAUAUACUUAGGCCAUGUUUUAAUUUAAAUAUGACAUGGUAGGUCUUGUUAACAUCCUGAGUAUGUAGUGAUUUAGUUCUAUCCAACCAAAUAUACUAUCCAAAUAGACUCUCCAGUCUAUCUACACAUUGUUAAAUCUGUUUAUAAAUAGGUGGUACAUUUUUCUCAACUGUUAAGGAUCAUGAAUAACCCUCAUUGACCUUCAGUUAGCUUCCAUAAACACUCAUCAGUUAUCAGUGAUAUCUGUAACACUUUAGCUUAUAGUCACAUGGCUAUAUCUUCUAUAUUUCAUCAUUUCAAAACUGUAUUCAUCUGAAGUACAAAGGGACUUGAGCUAAUGAUAAAACUGAUGUUGUUUUACACCAAACAAAUAACAAGGUUGUAUUCAUGUACACUCUAUAUGUAUUGCAAAAAAAAUUGAAAUAUUUGUCAAAUGAAAAUAGUGACCGUAUUCUAAAGUGCUCCAACUCAUGUAUACCUGGUUGUGUUGUAUGGGCUAAGGCUCUGGAUCUGACCAUAUGUGUUGUAAUACAUGAACAUCCCACGUCUCUCUUCAAUUUGCCUAUUUCAACUGUCUAGCAUACAUCCAAUAAUGAUUACUAAAAUGACAAACACUUUGACAAUAUUUGCCUUUGUUCUUUUUCAUUAUUAUUAUUAUUUUGUCUUAUUGGAUUUCACAUUGGACAUUGAGAAUCACCUGCAUAGUUUUAAAAUCUACCUUUCAUAUUUGAGUAGUUCAUAGGUAUGUGUGUAUAUGUAUAUAACUGUACUGCUAGCAUCAAAACCACUAACAGACUCUUCCAUGUCAUGCCUCAUAUGAGGACACAAUCCCAUAUAAUCCAUGGUAUUCAGGAAAUGAUUCCACUAAAUUGAAGUAGUAGGACAGUAAUUGCAGAUGCUUUAUGAUUUAGAUUUCAUUUUGCAAUAUAUUUGCCAUUUUCAGGGGAAGGACUAGAUUUGGACGACUUGUCAUUUCAAACCCGAUAUUGCUUUUUUAUUUUUGCCAAAAACAACUUCUUCUUCUUCUCCCGCUGGACUUGCAUAAUGCAGCACACACCAUUAAGUCAAGUGGUUUCUGUGUUGGUUUUUAAUAUUUCUUUAUUUAGAUUUAUUGAUUUGGUAACACUGUCUUUGAGUCACAUGUAGUAAUGCAUAAUGAAGCCUCAUAAAGGCUAUUUAAGGAGUUGUGAGCUGUUAUGAAUGCUUCUAAAAAAAUACAUGUUUUAUUAGACCUUUAACCAGGAAAAGCCCAUUUUUAUAGUCUAUUAUGGGUGUGAAAGAAGGCUCUAUGAAUGCAUCAUAUAGACACAGGUGGUUAAUAGUGUUGCCAUGGAUUCUUUGUUUUUGUCACAGUUUGGCCAUCCUAAGACAGCACUGUAGAAUGCACAACCUGUAGCGUAACAACAUGAUGUGGACUCGCAAAAUACACUCUUUGUUCCUGUUCUGGUGAUAUGAUGUACAUAGACCAUAGAAAUAGAAUGACUAUAAUAGUCACUCUACAGCCAUAUUUCUAUGCUUCUAAUCAACACUUCUGUCAUACAUGGGGAAACAUGUCCACAUUGAAAAGACUUGAACCUGGAUUUUAAAGUAAAAAUGUUAAUAUUUUAUUAUUGGAUAAUGGUAUAUUUCUUGACAGUUUAAUUUCUCGGCCAUCUUUUUGUUGUGGUUUGUUUGCUUGCCUCACCGGACGACCUUACCUGUUAAUGGGUUUUUCUCAUUUCUCUUUUGUUUACAACCAUGUAUUUAUUAAGCUGUACAUAUUGUAGUGUUGCAUUCUGUAAAUGACGGAUUCUUACUCUAUCAUCCGAUGGUGUUGGUGUCUUUGGAAAACCUCUUGUUGAGAGAAUGUUUAUUAUGAUCCAUACUUAACCCAAUGUAUAAAUCUCUUCUGUACAAGAAUGAUAAAAGUGAAUGAAAUGAUAUGAAACGUCA